UCUUGGAAGUACAGCUCAAUGUUCAUCAUUCCGUGAUUUUAUUUUCCCGCCAUUUGAUUCCGACUCCAAUUAGUGCAAUAAUAAAUUCUCUUCCCUCCACCUCCUGCUGCAGCGGGAUAUUAGGGUUUAGACAUCCAUCUUCGAAUUAGGGCUCAUGGAAUCUCUAAUCCCCGAAAUUUCCCGUCUUCUCAACAAUACCAUCAGCCCGGACGAAAACCUGGUUUCCACCUCUGCUGACCUUCUCGAUCGGCUCUCUUCCCAACCUGGCUUCCUCCUUUCCCUCCUCGCCAUAACUACAGUCGGUGAUUCCCAAGGUUUGAAGAUAGCUGCGGCCAUAUAUUUAAAAAACUUCGUUAGACGCCACGAGGUGGAAAUUCGGGCUUCUUCUCGGCAGUACAUUGAGUUCCGGAACCAGCUGGCUCAGACUUUACUCCAAGUGGAUUCCUUGGUUCUUAAAGUCUUGGUAGACGCU